AUGACUGAACAAAAUGGCAGUCGGAAAUGUUACGGAAAUCUAAAAGAUUUAUCGUUUAUGGUGGAAUUAGCAUCCUUCCUGGUGCGACCGGCUAUCCUUCUUGACCCUCGAAUCACAAGAGGUACGGUAACUGACAUAAAGCAGCAUCCUUAUCUAUUGAGCCUCCAGGAAGGUUCGCGGCACGUUUGUGGAGCCGUCAUCGUCGAUAAUAAACGGGUUGUCACGGCGGCUCAUUGCGUCAGUUUGCCGGCGAGCCUUUACAGACUUCACGCAGGAAGUAACGACAAAUACGAGGGAGGCACUUUUCAUUCAGUUAAAAAGAUCGUUCAACAUCCCGCCUACAAUUUCCGGACGGAGGAUUACGAUAUUGCCCUCCUCGAGAUCGUCGACGAAUUCGUAUUUAACGAUAAGGUGCAGCCAGUGAAGCUUCCAAAAAAGGAACUCGCGGAUGGUGUUAUGGUGAACGUUACCGGAUGGGGCGCGGUGGAGGAAGAUGGAAAAUCAUCACCAAUGUUAAUGACAAUAUCGCUUCCGAUUGUGAACAAAACAACGUGUCAAGAUACAUAUAAAUAUAUCCACCGCAUCACCAAUCGAAUGAUCCGUGCGGGUAACAUGCAUGGCGGCCAAGAUGAGUGUGUAGGCGAUUCGGGCCGGCCUCUUACGGCGGGUAGUACUCUCUUAGGAAUUACAUCCUGGGGAUACAAUUGCCUUACGUUGUUGACACCCAGUAUUUAUGCAAGUGUGGUUAUCCAAAUAUUGAGUGGGUCAAAUAUAAUAUUUGAGAUUUGA